CCUCUUUCCCCUCCUUCACGCCAUCUCUCUAUCUCUCUCUCUCAUUUGCAGCGAUGGGUCAGGGCUCCCCAGGCGGUCUCAACAAAGGGCUGCCAGGCGAUAGAAAGCCAGAUCAGGAAAAGAAGGAGAAGAAAUUCGAUCCCCCGGCCCCACCCGCUCGUGUGGGCCGCAAGCAGCGCAAGCAGAAGGGCCCAGAUGCUGCUGCCCGCCUCCCUACCGUAACCCCCCUCACCAAAUGCAAGCUCCGCCUCCUCAAGCUCGAGCGAAUCAAGGACUACCUCCUCAUGGAGGAGGAAUUCGUCUCCAAUCAGGAGCGCCUCAAACCCCAGGAGGACAAGAACGAGGAGGACCGCUCCAAGGUCGACGAUCUCCGUGGCUCCCCCAUGAGCGUCGGCAACCUCGAGGAGCUCAUCGAUGAGAACCACGCUAUCGUGUCGUCGUCGGUGGGUCCCGAGUACUACGUUGGGAUCCUGUCCUUCGUGGAUAAGGACCAGCUCGAGCCGGGGUGCGCAAUCCUCAUGCACAAUAAGGUUCUUUCUGUUGUUGGGCUUCUUCAAGAUGAAGUGGAUCCCAUGGUUUCAGUGAUGAAGGUCGAGAAGGCGCCAUUGGAAUCAUAUGCUGACAUUGGUGGGUUGGAUGCUCAAAUCCAAGAAAUCAAAGAAGCAGUGGAACUUCCUCUUACCCAUCCUGAAUUGUAUGAAGACAUUGGUAUUAAGCCUCCCAAGGGAGUUAUACUCUACGGAGAGCCUGGAACGGGCAAAACCCUACUUGCCAAGGCUGUUGCAAACUCCACAUCGGCCACUUUCCUGCGAGUUGUUGGUAGUGAGUUGAUCCAGAAAUACUUGGGUGAUGGCCCAAAAUUAGUCAGAGAGCUAUUUAGAGUUGCUGAUGAUCUUUCUCCAUCAAUAGUGUUCAUCGAUGAAAUAGAUGCAGUUGGCACGAAAAGGUAUGAUGCCCAUUCUGGAGGUGAGCGUGAAAUUCAGAGAACAAUGUUGGAAUUGCUGAACCAGCUGGAUGGUUUUGAUUCUAGAGGGGAUGUUAAAGUGAUUCUCGCUACUAACAGAAUUGAGAGCCUUGACCCUGCCUUGCUUCGGCCUGGCCGAAUUGAUAGAAAAAUUGAAUUCCCUCUUCCAGACAUUAAAACAAGGAGGCGCAUUUUCCAGAUACACACAUCAAGGAUGACAUUGGCGGAUGAUGUCAACUUGGAAGAAUUUGUGAUGACUAAGGAUGAGUUCUCCGGAGCAGAUAUCAAAGCUAUCUGCACGGAAGCUGGUUUGCUUGCUUUAAGAGAGCGUCGUAUGAAGGUAACGCAUGUAGACUUCAAGAAGGCAAAGGAAAAGGUGAUGUUCAAGAAAAAGGAAGGAGUGCCAGAAGGGCUCUAUAUGUAAGAUGCAUACUUAAUACAUGCAUAUGCAUGUGAUUUGAAUUUAGCUGCUUCCAUUACUGGAGCCUGCUCUUUGCCAUGAUAGAUUUUUUUCUUCAUGCUUUCAUUUUUAAUUGAUCAAUAUAUGGAAGACCCACUAGUUCUUUUUCCA